AUGGCACCGGCGGUUUUGGCUAACCUCGUAAACGAACCGUCGUUUCAGGGACAAUGUGGCGCCGUUUUUAUGAGGAAAUACACUAACCAACCCCUCUCCGAUGAUUUCAACAACCCUCUUUUCAACCCUAACCCUAACCCAAUCUCGGCUUGCGGGAACAAUUCGAGCAAGCAGCUCGGUGAUUCGGUACCUUGUGGAGGCUUCGUUUCCUUUGAUCUCGAUGGAUACACCGCGAGCCAGCUCAGGGAGCUGAAGAAGCGCCUCAAUUUGGAGCUCGAGCAAGUUCGGUUCCUCAGGGAACGGAUCGAAUCGGGGACGUUCGUGAGCGGUCCUGUGUAUACUACCCCGGCUCGUAGCUUUGCUGAUGAAACGAAUGACGUUGGAGUGAAGAAGACGAAGAAGAAGAAAACUGGGCAUGGUCAGAAGCGAAUUAAUCCUUUUGCUGUGAACGAGCCUGGCCGUAAGCGUCCGGUGGAUAUGGACCGGGAGUCAGAGAAGGCGUUGAAGAGUAUGAUGUCGACGUGCGGCCAGGUCCUGGCGAAGCUGAUGAAGCAGAAAUGGUCAUGGGUUUUCAACAACCCUGUGGAUGUGUUAGGUUUAGGGCUUCACGAUUACCAUCUGAUCGUGAGGAAGCCUAUGGAUCUGGGCACGGUGAAGUUGAAUCUGGAAAAGGGUUUUUACAGAUCGCCGAUUGAUUUCGCCUCCGAUGUUAGGUUGACUUUCACCAACGCGUUGGCGUACAACCCGAUGGACCAAGACGUUUAUAAAAUGGCCGAGAAGCUUCUGGCUCAAUUCGACGUUUGGUUCAACCCUACAUUGAUGAGAUUCGAGGCUCAACAGCUGAAAGUCAUGGGAUCAUCUUCUCGUCCUGAACCUGAGCUCAAACCAAGAGUGUGGCAUCAGAAUCAUAUGGCGGAGAAUGCAAGGAAAGGCCCUGACCAGAUUUCUAUAGCUAAAAAGCUAGAUUCAGUGAAGCCACUACCUGCAUUCACUCCUCCGGUAAUUGAGCUUCCACGUAUCCCAUCUCCUCCUCCGUCACCGGCUCAGCCACAACCACAACCUCUCCAGCCGGCGGUUAGCAAAGUCGAAGCAGCUCCCCAGCCGGUUAACCAAGUCGAAGCACCUCUUGAAGUGGGUAAAGCGAGUAAGGGAAGGAAAGGGAAGUUACCAAAGCCCAAGGCUAAGGAUCCGAACAAGCGGCAAAUGACAAUGGACGAAAAGGCAAAUCUUGGCGUAGACCUACAGGAGUUGCCUCCAGAGAAGCUUGGACAGUUGAUUCAGAUUCUGAAGAAGAGAACUGAACCUCUACCUCAAGACGGGGAUGAAAUUGAACUAGAUAUCGAAGCAUUAGACAAUGAGACUCUAUGGGAGCUUGAUCGUUUCGUCACUAACCACAAAAAGAUGGCAAGCAAGAUCAAGCGACAAGGGUUCAUCCAGAAUGUGUCAACUCCCCCUAGGAAUCUGCCGCUGGUGACAGAAAUGGGAAGUGCUGAGAAGAGAGGGAGGAAAGGAGGUGACACAGGAGAAGAAGAUGUAGACAUCGGAGAAGAUAUACCAAUAGAGGAUUAUCCAUCAGUGGAGAUUGAAAGGGAUUGUACAGCCACCGCUGCUGCUGCUGCAAGUUCUUCUGGCAGCUCUAGUUCCAGUGGCAGUUCUUCCUCUAGUGAUUCAGAGUCAGGGAGUUCAUCGGGAAGUGAUUCAGAUGCUGAUAGUGUGCAAUCGCCAUUUGUGGAUGCAAAAGAAGCCCCGGAACAUAUAUAA